GCAAUUAUUUCCGUCGAGUCCCGAUACCUAUGACUACUUCCGGCGAGUAGCAAUUACUCCGAACCCAGCAAUUACAUCCGGCGAGUAACGGUUAGUCCGAUCCCUUUGAUUACUUGGGGUGGGAGGGCGCUACCCCAGGCACUACCCCACCCAGUCUCUACAGUAUGAAGUCAGAGACCAACACUGACCUACACCGACAAAUGAGAGUCUAUAAUAUGGGGCCUCGUGGGCAGACGUCACAGUUUUAGAUUUUGAAUUGAAAGAAAAGGGAAUAUUAUUAUAAUUUAAAAACAACAACAGAUGAAUGAGAAAAAGGCGAAAGCAACGAAUAAGUUUUGACACUGUAUACUAGUUCGAUAUUAUAAUCGUUGGCAAUGACUUUGCAUCCCGACUACUCUUUCUUAAGUCUUCAAGAUUCAGGAUAACCUCGAUUUCAGAAAAUAGCAAAGCACCAACAUAAAAAAUAACAUUCUUAGAAAAAAAAAUAAGAUAAAAAUAUAGUAAAUGAGAAUCGUUAGUUUACGAAAAAGGGAUCGAUUCUUUUUCUCAGAAGUAGUAAUCGCAGGAAUCGGUUCUCGAAUCGAUUCUUGGCCCACCACUAGUGUCCACUGCCCGUCCGGCGUCCACCCAUUGUGUUUAUCUGUUCCGCCCCAGGUGACCAAGACAGGAGGUGACCGCGUCAUGUCCACUGAGGGGACCAGGCAGGAAAUCUCUUGUCAGAUCCAGUCUAGCAGUCCAGCAGCCCGCCCAACUAUCCUGACCCCCGCGGUGACCAUCUCCGGCACGGAGGGUCAGUUGGUCACCUUGACCUGUGACGUCAGCCCUCUGGACACGCUGCUUGACCUGUACUGGACCAAGGACGGCGCGCGGCUGACCCCAGCGGGCUCUGGUCGCUACAGUGGGGGGUCUACCGUCCUUCCUAGCCUGACGAUCAGCUCUCUUGUUCAGUCGGACACUGGGAGUUAUGUGUGUUUGGCCAGCAACCCUUCUGGGACUUCGAGCGGGGACGUUAUCUCUCUGACGGUUAAUUGUGAGUGGUUGUUGGUGGUUAUGGUGGUGGUGGUGUUGUUGUCGUCGUCAUUAUCGUUUGGCCAGCAACCCUUCUGGGACUUCGAUCGGGAUGUUAUAUCGCUGACGGUUAAUCACAAGCCCCGCCUCACAGUCCAAAACCAGCCAAUCACAACCUCAGAAGGCGCCACGAUCGUUCUCGCAUGUGACGUAGACGCCAGCCCAGCAAUCACCAAUUUCUAUUGGACGAAAACUGGCCAGGGACAAAUAAGCCCCGCCUCCAACCCGGGCAAAUAUUCUGGUGGCACGCUGACCAGUACUACGUUGUUGAUUCUGUCUGCGGACAGCUUGGACAGUGGUCAGUAUAUCUGCGUGGCGGAGAACUCGGUGGGAACAACGUUCAGUCUUCAGACCAGUGUCACAGUUCAAGCCCGUCCUGUGAUCAGUGAUCCGGCCCAGAACAAUGUGUCCACCUCGGAGAACCAGACUGUGACCUUUCCCUGUGACGUUACACCACUUAGCGGACUGACCGACCUGUACUGGACCAGAGAUGGUCAGCAGAUCAACACAGGCUCGUCCAGUCGCUAUAGCGGAGGGACUGUGACCACUCCCAGCUUGACCAUCUCGUCUGUCCAGAGCGGAGACUCGGGGUCCUAUGUGUGUGUGGCCACCAACAACUUCGGAACAGGGUCUGGUCCAGGGAUAAAUCUGGAUGUAAACUACAAGCCCAGCCUCACUGUCCGGUCUACACCAAUCAUAGCCGCCGAUGGUUCGACCGUCGCUCUCGCGUGUGACGUAGACGCCACCCCAGCAAUCACCAAUUUCUAUUGGACCAAAUCUGGCCAGGGAUUAAUAAGCUCCGCCUCCAACCCGAGCAAAUAUUCUGGCGGCACGCUGACCGGUACUACGUUGUUGAUUCUGUCUGCGGACAGCUCAGACGAUGGUCAGUACUUCUGUGUGGCGGAGAAUUCUCGUGGCCUCACCGUGAGCCCUGGCAUCAGCCUUUCAGUCUUAGCCACUCCCGUUAUCGAUGACCCAGCACAACCGGACGUGAUCUUGAACGAAGGUCAAUCGGUGACCGUACCAUGCACCGUCACGCCACUGAAUGGACUCACUGACCUCUACUGGACGAAGGAUGGUCAGAGAAUCGACCCCAGCUCGUCCAGUCGCUACAGCGGAGGGACAGUUACCACUCCCAGCUUGACCAUCUCGUCUGUCCAGAGCGGAGACUCGGGCACCUAUGUGUGUGUGGCCACCAACAACUUCGGAACAGGUUCUGGCGGGAAUGUGAACCUCAUCAUUCCUUACAAGCCCCGCCUCUCCGUGUCCACUGCACCAAUCACAUCAAGAGAGGGCGGGACAAUCGUCCUCGCGUGUGACGUAGACGCCAGCCCAGCAAUCACCAAUUUCUAUUGGACGAGAACUGCUCAAGGUCAAAUAAACCCCGCCUCCAACCCGGGCAAAUAUUCUGGCGGCACACUGACCAGUACUACGUUGUUGAUUCUGUCUGCGGACAGCUCAGACAGUGGUCAGUACUUCUGUGUGGCGGAGAAUUCUGAAGGGAUCUCAUUCAGCCCACAGAUCAAUGUAACGGUGUUAGCGCCCCCUGUGAUAAGCAACCCUGCCCAGCCGGAUGUGUCCACCACUGAGGGUCAGUCUGUGACCUUGACCUGCAAUGUGACCCCGCUGACCGGCCUGACAGACUUGUACUGGACCAGAGAUCGCCCUCAACUGACCGUCACUGAUACACCCAUUAUCACCACCACGCGGGCUAUCAUCUCACUGACCUGUAUAGUAGACGCCAGCCCUGCUCUCACAGAGCUCUUCUGGACAAAGGUCGGCGUGGGCAGGAUCGAACCCUCGUCCUCCAGCAAGUACUCAGGGGGUAGCGUCGCCAACCCUUCCCUCACCAUCUUCUCGGCGGAGGCUUCGGACAGUGGUCAGUACUUCUGCAACGCGCUCAACUCGCAGGGAUCCACGACAAGUGAUGCGGUCUCGGUCACUGUGAAUUACCGACCAGAGAUCGUGUCUAGCUCCGAAGCCCAGGUCGUCGUUCGGACCUUCAGCACGGUCACUCUACGGUGCGCGGUCAGCUCAUCCCCCGCACUCACCAGCUUCCAAUGGGUCAAGGACGGGGUCAGCGUCCAGCCAGAGGUCAACCCGGGCCGGUACCUAGGCGGCUCUCUGACCCAGACGGACCUGACCAUCUUCACGGUGACCCCCACCGACUCCGGGUUGUACCGUUGCCAGGCAACCAACGCCGUGGGUCAGACUUCUGGCCCGGCCACACAGCUCAAUGUUUACGCCGAGCCGACCGUCACAACCCCCAGCGAUGACGUCAUCGUGGCUGAGGGUCAGUCCACGGACCUGAGCUGUGUCGUGGAGCCGCUGGACUCACUCACCGAUCUAUACUGGACAAAAGAUGGACAAAUACUGGACACGAGUGACGCGAGCAGGUACCGGGGCGGUACGCUGGUGACCCCGACCUUGACCCUGCUGUCGGUGCCGGUGACGGGGGCCGGAGUGUACAGCUGUGUGGCUACUAACACUUUUGGCACGCGCUCUGGGGGUCCUGUUACUGUAGCUGUCACUUACAAACCCAAGCUGACGGUGAGCACCAUCCCUAUAGAGCGAAGCAUCGGAGGCGUGAUCCAGCUCACGUGCAUCGUGUCCGCCAACCCCGCCCCCACCUCCUUCUCCUGGACUCUCUCGGGGGUCGGGUCGGUGGGGUCAACCGUUGACCCCAGCAAGUACUCAGGGGGCACGCUGGCCGACCCAACUCUGCUCAUCCGCUCUGCGUCCAGUUCCGAUAGUGGCCAGUAUGUGUGCGCUGCUGAGAACGCUGUGGGGACAAGUGCGAGCGAUCCGGUGACUGUUAGUGUUACUGACCGUCCAAUCCUGACCUUCGACACCACGCCCGUGUCCUCCCAGCCGGGCACAGCCGUCACUCUCGACUGCCAGGUGUCUGCGGUUCCAGCCCUCUCCUCCUUCGUGUGGUCAAAGAACGGUGCUCUCCUGCAGACGUCCAGUGACCCGGUCAAGUAUUUCGGCGGCACGGUUGGCCGGACCAGCUUAACCAUCUUCAAUCUGAACACGUCGGACAGUGGGUUCUACUCCUGCUCGGCCGUCAACUCACUCGGGUCUUCCAGUAGCGCGGCGAAGCAGCUUAGUAUUGUCACCCGACCAAUAGUCACCACACCACAGACAAGCGUGAAUGGACGAGAGAAUAACCCCGUGACCUUGACCUGUGACGUCAACGCCGGUGCUGGACUGACCGACCUGACCUGGAGCAAAGACGGCCUCCCCCUGACCACGAGUGACCGCAGCAAGUACACAGGCGGGACCACCAGCUCCCCGAGCUUGACCGUACAGUCUCUCAAAGACUCUGACGCCGGGGUCUACGUGUGUCUGGCGACUAACGCACAGGGCACCACGCGAGGCAACGACAUCUCCCUCAACGUGCAGUACGGGCCGAGAAUCAGUGUCCCGUCCCGACCCAUCAUAGUCAACUCAGGUCAACCUUUGACCUUGUCCUGCUCGGUGAUCGCCAACCCGAGCGUCUCCGAGCUGUACUGGGUCAAGGACACCACGGGGAGGAUUGACCCCUCGUCCGACAGCAGGUACAGUGGGGGCACAAUCGCUGUGCCGUCUCUCACCAUCGACCCCUCGCAUAUCGAUGACAGCGGCGCUUAUAACUGCGUGGCGAGGAACGCUGUGGGGACGAACAGUUCUUCCAUUGCUCUGGAUGUUGUCAACCGCCCCACACUGAACACCAGCACCACUAGCGUCACCGGAAGGAGCGGCGAAUUCGUGACCUUGCCCUGUGACGUCAGCGCCGUGCCGGCCCUGACCAGCUUCUACUGGACCAAAGACGGCGCCCGGCUCAACCUGGCCAGCCCGCCCAACAAGUACUCGGGCGGGACCCUGGCACUAUAUGCGCUCACAAUCAACGGUCUGGAUUCGAGCUCGGACCCUGGCGCGUACCGCUGUGUGGCUGAGAACGCUCGCGGAGUGGUUUCUAGUGACGUCAUCACCCUGGCGGUAUCUCCUGACCCCAAGAUCUCCGUGGACCCUUCAGUCACAGCCAACCAGGGGGACGCCCAGCUGGUCAUCCGCUGUGACGUCACCAUGUUCCCACCCGCCUCCUCCCUGCUUUGGUUCAAGAACAACCAACAACUGGACGUGACCUCUGACCCCAGCAAGUACUCCGGGGGCACUUUGGCCACGCCGACCUUGACCGUGCUGAACCCUGACCGCACAGACAGUGGCACCUACCGGUGUCGGGCGUCUAACGGGGACGACACCGUCACAAGCCCGGACGUCACCGUCAGCAUUCAGUGUAAGCGGUAG